AUGGCCGCCAAGCUAGGGAGAAUAGAGAAGACCGAAGAAGGACCUUUAAGACCUGUGCUUGAAUGCAUUGAUCUUAUCAGUAGUGAGGAUGAAGAACCUAACAGCAGUUCUUAUGUUCAUAGAAAUGUUAAGCGUAAAGAUCACAUUGACUAUCAGAAGGAACGAGUUGCGUCAACCUUGGAUCGUCUGGCACGCCAUGUUGAAGUAGAGAAACAGCAAAAAGAAGAGAAAAACAAAGCCUUUAAGGAGAAAGUUGAUUCCCAAUAUGCCCAUGGGUUGCAAGAACUAGAAUUUAUUCGGGAACACAGUGACACAGAAGCUGCAAGAUUAUGUGUGGACCAGUGGUUAAAAAUGCCAGGUCUCAAACCAGGCACCGUUAACAGUGGAAAAAGGGGUAUUUAUAAGAGGGCAGGUCAGACGCAAGUCAACAGCAGUCCCAUAUCUUGUCCUGUAAUGCAUUGCAACAGAGAGUUUGAUAAUGGACAUCUUCUCCUAGGUCACCUUCAAAGGUUUGAUCAUUCUCCUUGUGACCCAACAGUCACAUUGCAUGGACCCCCAAAUAAUGCUGUUGCUUGUGUGAUAUGCUGCAAAAGAUUUUCAACUUCUCAGCAGUACAGUGAUCAUCUUUUAUCUAAGCUAAAUGAAAACGACGGACAUAUAAAAGAUCUCCCUCCACAGCAUAUUCAGUGUUUUGCAUGCCCAAAAUGCUUCCUCCUUUUCACCAAGAGAGAUGAAUGCCUGCAGCAUAUGUCAGGAAAGAACCAUUUCCUCCAGGUUUCUAAAUUGAAUGAAAUGAAGACUGGGCUUCCUCUACCUUUCCCGUCCUAUGCAAAGAACCUUCUCAUAUCUCUGUGCAAAGAGGUCCCCUUCCAAGUGAAGUGUAUAUCCUGCUACCAGAUACUACGCUCACAUAUGGAAUUAACCGCUCAUUUCAGAACACGUUGUCAUAAUUCUGGGCCCGUGGCACUGUCAAAGAAGAGCAUCUCCCAGGUUGCGGAGAUAUUUAAAACAAAAGGUCACUGUGAGAACUGUGAUAAACUGUUUGCUGAUAAGAAUCAGAUCACCCAGCAUAAGCAAACCACUCAACAUAACGUUAAAGUUUUUGCUACAAUGGAAGAGUCCAUCUUGAUGUUCUGUCACAUCAAUGGGAAAAAUAAAAAUCAGUCUCAUUUGUGCCAUAUUGUAGAUCGGUCAAGACCACUGCUUAAAAGACAUUUGACUUCAAGUGAGUCUACCAGUGAAAGGGGGUCUACUCCUUCGAAACGGAAGAACGAUUUAAAAGAUAAAAAUGAAGAUCAUGUAGCAAACCAAAGUCAAGGUAGUGCUUGCAAAGUAAAAGCCUGGUUUUGUGAAUGCCUUCGAAAGUUCUUUACAGAAGAGUCAGUAGAAAAGCACAUUUUAUCAGCAAAUAAGAUCUGUCACAAGUGUGCUGUGUGUGGAAAGCUUGCUGAAGAUUCAAGCAUUAUCCGGCUGCAUAUGAGUCGAUUCCAUGGGGGAGCACACCUGACUAAUUUUCUUCUCUGGUGCAGAGCAUGCUCUGUAGAUCUUCUCAGAGAAGAGGAUAUUAUGGGACAUGUGACUGAAUUCCAUGGUGGACAUAGUUACUAUUAUGAGCAAGAAGCUCUAGAAGACGAACCUAUGCCAUCUGCUUCAGAUGCAGUGUGCAUUUCUUCAGGUGAAAGAAAAGACUGCAUUCCUAGUCCUGUGGAACUGUCCCCUGAGAAAAGUUGUAUUCUGGGAAAAUGGCAAUGCCGCAUUUGUGAGGAGAUGUUUGAAUCUGAAGAGAGCGUUAAACAACAUUGCAUGUCCUUAGAAAGCCAUGCAUUUCACAGAUACUGCUGUGGCUUAUGCAAAAAUCACUUUCGGAAAGUAGGAACACUACAGCGACACUUCCAAGAGCAUCAUAACCAGGAGAUACAGACUAAAUACUUCUGUGGCCUUUGUGGUAAUCUCUUCUUUGACACAGAGGAAGAAUUUUUAAUCCAUUAUAAGGAGAUUCACAGCACAGACUAUGCAUUUGUGCCUGAGCAGAUGGAAGCAUCAAUAAAAAAAGAGGAGGACUUCCUCCCAGUAGAAACAGGAGAGCGUUUAACCUGUGGUUGCUGGACAACUUAUGUCUCCAGAAUAAACAGGAGGAAUGAUUAUGUGACUUGUCAGAAAGCCAUGCUGCAAAAAGGAAACUUAUGGUUUCGAUGCUGCCUCUGUUCUGCAACUGCCCAGAAUUCUGAUGAUUUGAAUAGUCAUCUCAACAGUCACACGUCACGAACAGAAGAGAUGUAUGUUGUUAGAUGUGCUGCGUGCAACAAAAACUUCAACAAUCUUCAGAGUGCACAUCAGCACUAUCACAUGAAACACUGCUUCUUGCAGAAACCUGAUCUAUCAAGUCUUGCAUCAGGAUCGAAUUUGGAAGACAGAGUAUUCACGUUCACAGCAAGCGGGGCUUGUGUGGACAGAAAACCUCACAGGCUAAAAAUUGAAGCAUCUCCAUCCAAGACUCAGGAAAGACCACAGUUGUCUCCUCUGCAGGGACCAGUACAGGGAAAGAAAGAAAAAAAAGAGAACUCAGCACACACUGAAGAACCCACUGCAGAUGGUGAACUUCCUGAUCUUGACUACCUGAGUACCAUGACUCACAUUGUAUUGGUGGAUCUGGACAACUGGGGAAGCUUAUUCACGCAGCUGCCAGCUAACCUGAACCAAGGGACAUUUAUCUGGGGCUUUCAAGGAGGAUACAGCAACUGGAAACCUCCAGUGCAGUGCAAAAUUUACAGUUAUCUUAAGAGAAUUGGAUGUUUCUUUCUUCAUCCACAUUGCGGUACCAGAAGAGAAGCAGCAGACUUUGCUCUCUGUGUUCAUGCAGGUCGUCUGGAUGAGCAUCUGCCUAAGCAAAUUCCUUUCACUAUACUUUCUGGAGACAAAAGCUUCCUAGAACUGGAAACUCAAUUUAAGAUGACCCAGCGGUCCGCUCGCAUCCUAAAUCCUCACCACAUUGAAGGGGACAUGAUGUGUGCCUUACUAAACAGCAUUUCAGAUACCACAAAAGGUUCAGAUAGCGAAGAGGAUGAAGAUAUCAAACUAAUAGUGAAGAGGAGCUUAGAAGAAGCAAAGAAACAGGAAGAGCAAGAUGCAGAACUGGAAGAAGCUAUCAAGAGGAGCCUUGAGGAAAUGUAAAUGAAGAUACUUCAUUACACUAACACCUUGUCAUCAGAGCUGCUCACAAGAAUGGAAGCUUGUUCAUCUAUUUACAAAGGUUCAGAAAUACCACUUCAAAAACACAUCUAUAUCUUGAAUUACUAGAUUUAUAAUCUGAUGUCCUCUGUCACGCUGAUGAACAGCUAGAGUUUAUGGAUAUCCGCUGCAAUAUAUUGUGUAUGAUAAAAUAAAUUUUUAAGCC